GGAGGUUUCCACCGAGCACCGACCUGAGAGCUAUAAGCUUGUGUCUUGGCUUGUCUUCAUCGAAGGUGAAGCCACGAUUUUAUCCUGCGAUCCCAGAGCCCUUUUCGCCCAGGCUCCAAUUGAAUUCCUCGAGCUGGCGCGACUUUGUACACUCUCAAUGGCACCCUAGCGAUGACUUCUCGAUACCACUCCGAACCCAGGGCCUCCUCACGAUGCUCACAACCGCCCCCCGCCUCCACGUCCGGCGCCCCUCGCCAACAACUGCCGAGUUCACAGUCACGACUAGACCGCCCCAAACUCUAACCGUCCGUCUCCUCUCGAGCCUUCUGCUCGCCCUCCGCAUUGUCGUCUUCCUCUCCUCGAUCCUCCUCCUCCACGCCGCCUGGUCGCAGUCCCCCUACGCCGCUCCCUACUUCUCCCCGUCGCCGGCGAGGACCCCUGACGAGGCGUUCUUCUCGACCAGCGCCUUCUGGCGGGCCCUACACUUCAUCCACGCCUCCGCGCCGGGUCGCCUCGCUCACUGCGUCGCCGCGUCCUCCGCGGUGCCCCUCCCCGCCCUCGUGCCCGGCUGCCUCCUUGCGGCCUACGCGACGCUGCGGCGCGAGCACACCACCGAGAGCCUGCUGGUCCUGCGCGGCCUGGGCAUCCAGACGAGCUCGACGAGCGGGAGCUACCUCUCCGCCGCGGCGACGCGCUUCAUACCCACGGAGAAGAUCCAGGACGUGCUCGUCAACGAGGCCUUUCGCGGCUUCGAGGUGCGGUACUACCUGAUCGUCAUCGUCGAGGGCGAGGAGGACCUUGUCGUCGUGUUCCCUAGGCUGCUGCCGCGCAAGAAGAUUGUCGAGACGGUGUGGAGGGGGGUUAGGGGAUGCCUGUGGGAGGCGGACGGGACCGUCAGCGGGAAUAGCAACACUAGGAAGCUGGACGAGAGGUGGCAGGGCGGAGUGUAGCCCGGGCCGCCAACAUAGCCCCCUUUUUAACGAAUUCAUGAUG